AAAUAUAUCUUGAGGUUUAUAUGUUCCUUCGUAUCAGUUUCUCAGCAUUAACCACUUUGCUUCUGCUAUGGAGUUUCAGUGCCUUGCAUUGUUUUUUUCUCUCAUUGUGAUACUGAUGGCUGCUCAGGCUGCCUUACCUCCAGANGUUUACUGGGAAAGGAUGCUUCCAAACACACCANUCCCCAAAGUAAUCAGAGAAUUUCCCAAGCUAGAUGGUGUCAAAGAGAUUUCAUCACAAGAUGUUAGAGAGACUUCAUCUCAAAAUGCACUCCCUUUCUACUAUGUCUAUUAUAAGAAAAAGGAAUUACAUGAUGGUGUCAGACAGAUUUCAUCACAAGAUGGUUUUGUUUCCAUGGAUGGUGUAAAGAAAAAUCAGUUGAAAGAUGAUUCCAAAGAAAUUCCAUCACAAGAUGAGACACCUUAUGACCCUAAAUCAAAGGAAAAUGUUGUUCUUCGAGGGAUAGACCCAGUGGCUAAUCACCAUCAUCAUGAUCACUCAAAACCAACUCUAUUUUUCUUAGAAGAAGGAUUGAGGCGGGGAGCAAAAUUGGAUCUGUAUUUCCCUAAAACAAAAUAUUUAACCCCGUUGUUGCCCCGGGAAAUUACAGAACACUUACCAUUCUCAUCAGAAAAGAUAAAUGAAAUAUUAGAGAUUUUGGCUGUGAAGCCAGAUUCUAAGAAUGCUGAGAAUAUGGAGGAAACUCUGAAGAACUGUGAAGAUCCUGGAAUGAAUGGUGAAGAAAAACACUGUGCAACUUCAUUAGAAUCCAUGGUAGACUUUGUCACUUCUAAACUUGGCAAGAACGUCCAUGUUACUUCUACAGAGGUAGAAAUUGAAAGUAAGUCCCAAAAGUUCAUAGUUAAAGAUGGAGUGAAACUUUUAGCAGAAGAAGAGAUAAUUGCAUGUCACCCAAUGGAUUACCCAUACGUUGUUUUUUAUUGCCAUAAGAUAUUAAAUAGCACUGCACAUUUUAUGCCAUUGGAGGGAGAAGAUGGAAGUAGGGUUAAAGCUGUAGCAAUCUGCCACAAAGACACAUCAGAAUGGGAUCCAAACUAUAUUGCAAUGCAAGUUCUCAAAGUGAAGCCUGGGACCAGUCCUGUGUGUCAUUUCUUCCCUGACGGUCAUCUUCUUUGGUAUGCUAAAGAGGGUUAACUAAACCUAUCAUGCCAUCAAUACUAUCCUUAUAUUAAAUAAGGCAUUUCUGGAUUGUGUGAU